UGUCAUUCGUCCUGGCCACACAUGGACCAGCUGAAUGUUUCGCACACAAUAAACAAGCGACACUUGGCGAGCAUUUGGGACUCGAGCGUAGAUUAGAAAACGCAGCUGGUGGCUUGCAUCAUGUGCCGAGUGCUGCUCACGCUCGCCUACUUCCUCCUGACCAUCUCGUCCAUUGUGUUCACGGCCUGCGUCAACAAUGUCACGGGCACCAGUUCGCCCGGCCCUGGGUCCAGCACGUCCCUGACGGGACACAUCCACCGCACUGCGGCUGCCAUUGAGCGGGUGAACAAGCUUUGGUGCUACGCCUGCCACACGAUGGACGACGGCGAGUCCUGCGUGGACGUGGCGGUGCGCAAUGAUUCGGCUCUGUUCAAGAAGUGCCAAGGCGAGGAGUUCAUCUGCAUGGUCAAGCGUUUCUCGUAUACCACCAGCACGGAAAACUCCACUAGCUCCCCAAAGAUGUGGUCCCUAGAUCGUCGAUGUGUCGCCAACUGUGAGCCCGGCUGCAUCAUUAUUGGGGAGCGAACCAAGCUCUACGCUUGCACCUCCUGCUGCGAGGAAUCCUUCUGCAACACGGGCCGCGGGGCUGCUUCGGGCAUCUUCCAUCGCGAGGACACGGGCAUUGGCACGCGGAUGUUCUGGCUAGCUGCUCCCUUCCUGGUCAACAUCUCGCUGGUCUUAUACAAGCGGCACGCCGGCCACGUUCUCAUCAAGCAGCACUGAUCUCGGGUGUAACGUCUGCGCGGGACACAACCUCAAUGAAUUUACUCAACGAACCCAAUGUUGCUCAAAUCUACCACUUACUGUCUGUGUAAUUACCUAGCCAAGUAGAUAUCGGAUCCUGUAAGCCCACUCAUGCUAUGUUUUACGAAUGUAGAUAGUCCCCAUACUCUCUCCGUGUGAUAAUAAAUAAAUAUUUCGUCACUAGUGUGCGCUCACACACACACACACACGACUC